AUGUGGCUUCUAGUUUCGGAGUCCAGAUCUGGUGUGCCUCUCGCUUCAUACAUGAGCCACAGAGCACCCAAAUCCUUCGCUACUUCCGCUAGGCCGCCACGCCGGAUGAGGGUUUUCAGGGAGGGCGCACAGGAUGAAGGAGAGAAGGGUUUGAAGAGGAACAUAGGAGAAGAAGAAUUUAAGAGAGGGAGAGGAAGGGCCGCAGGGCCGCGGAGGAAGAAAGAAGGCUGCAAGCCUAGAUCUGCAAAUCGUGGAGGAAGAGGGAGGGCGACGGGCGUCGAAAAUCGUGGAAGAGGAGGGAGUGUGGCGGGAGGAAGAGAGAGUGCGGUGAGGCGGCGAAAUAAGAGGGAGGGCCACGAGCCUAGAUCUGCAAAUCGUGGAGGAAAAAAGAGGCAGCGGCGGCGGAAAUCAUGGAGGAAAAGGGAGGGCCGCGGGGCGGCGGAGGAAGAGGGAGGGCCACGGGCCUAG